ACUGCAGCAGAAGCACACACAGCACUCGGCAAAUCAUGUAGCUGCUCCUUUCAACAACUGAGUUAAAUUAAGUUGUUCAACGUGUGGAAACUGUCACAAUGAAUCGACCGAAGCCAACAAGCAUCAGACGCCCUAGUAACACCAAGCCAUCAGGUCACCCUCCUCCUGGAGACUUCAUUGCUCUUGGGUCGAAGAGUCAGAGCAGUGAGCCGAAAGCAAACCCAGCUCUGCUGAAGCCGGCGUCCACAGGUUUGCCACCAGACCGCAAGAGAGAGGCGUCUUCAUCUCUGCCUUCUUCCUCCAGCUUGUCCAGUCUGUCCAAGCGGCCCAAACACCCCAAUACUCCACCCAGCGCCCUCUCUCGCCUCGCUGAGGUGGCUGCCGUGGACAAAAGGUCAAUUUCUCCCUCCAUCAAAGAGCCGUCUGUGAUUCCUAUCGAAGUAUCUCCUGCUGUUCUUCUGGAUGAGAUUGAGGCAGCGGAGUCCGAGGGUAAUGAUGACCGCAUUGAGGGUGUGCUCUGCGGCGCCGUCAAGCAGCUGAAGAUGAACCGAGCAAAGCCUGACAUGACGCUCUACCUCAGCCUCAUGUUUCUGGCCAAAAUCAAGCCCAAUGUCUUCGCCACGGAGGGUGUGAUAGAGGCUCUCUGCAGUUUGCUCCGUCGUGACGCCUCCAUUAACUUUAAGGCCAAAGGGAAUAACCUGGUUUCUGUGCUCGCAUGUAACCUGCUGAUGGCCGCCUAUGAGGAGGAUGAAAACUGGCCUGAGAUAUUUGUUAAAGUCUAUAUUGAGGACUCUCUUGGUGAGCGUAUUUGGGUUGACAGCUCGCACUGCAAAACAUUUGUUGAUAACAUCCAGACUGCCUUCACAACCAAGAUGCCUCCCAAGAGUAUGCUGUUACAGACGGAAACGGGGCGAUCGGGUGGCGACCUCAGUGCAGGAAACAGCCCUCAUCCUUCCACUCCAGAUGAAGAUGAAGGUCAGACUGAGCUUUUAAUCGCUGAAGAGAAACUGAGUCCUGAGGAUGAUGGACAGGUCAUGCCCAGGUACGAGGAGCUAGCUGAAAGUGUGGAGGAAUACGUCUUGGAUGUUUUGAGAGAUCAGCUGAACCGUCGCCAACCCAUGGACAAUGUAUCCCGAAACCUUUUACGCCUGCUCACAGCCACCUGUGGUUAUAAAGAGGUCCGACUGAUGGCAGUGCAGAGACUGGAGAUGUGGUUACAGAAUCCCAAGCUGACUCGACCAGCACAGGAUCUUCUCAUGUCUCUGUGCAUGAAUUGUAAUACACACGGCGCAGACGACAUGGAGGUCAUCUCCAACCUCAUCAAAAUUCGCCUUAAACCCAAAGUUCUCCUCAACCACUACAUGCUGUGUGUCAGGGAGCUUUUAAAUGCUCACAGAGAUAAUCUGGGAACCAUGGUGAAGUUUGUAAUCUUCAACGAAUUGUCAAAUGCCAGAAAUCCCAAUAACAUGCAAGUGCUCCACACAGUUCUUCAGCAUAGCCCAGAGCAGGCACCCAAGUUUCUUGCCAUGGUCUUCCAGGACCUGCUGACCAAUAAGGAUGACUACCUGCGGGCCUCGAGGGCCUUGCUCAGGGAAAUCAUUAAACAGACCAAACAUGAGAUCAACUUUCAGUCCUUCUGUUUAGGCCUCAUGCAGGAGAGGAAAGAGGCCAGUUAUGUGGACAUGGAGUUUAAAGAGCGUUUCGUCAUCCAAGUGACGGAUCUCUUGACCGUGUCCAUGAUGCUAGGGAUCACAGCUCAGGUCAAAGAGGCCGGCAUUGCCUGGGACAAAGGAGAGAAGAAGAAUCUAGAGGUACUGAGGUCCUUUCAGAACCAGAUCGCUGCUAUACAGAGGGAUGCUGUGUGGUGGCUGCACUCUGUUGUUCCCACCAUCAGUAAAGUGGGACCCAAAGACUACGUGCACUGCCUUCACAAGGUGCUUUUCACAGAGCAGCCUGAGACGUAUUAUAAAUGGGACAACUGGCCUCCUGAGAGUGACAGAAAUUUCUUUCUCCGGCUGUGCUCUGAGGUUCCUCUGCUGGAGGACACACUGAUGCGCAUCUUGGUGAUCGGUCUGUCCCGCGAUCUGCCCCUGGGCCCAGCUGAUGCCAUGGAGCUGGCCGAUCACCUGGUGAAGAGAGCUGCAGGAGUUCAGUCUGAUGACUUGGAAGUGUUGCGGGUUGAAAGGAUCCAACUCAUCGAUGCUGUACUGAAUCUUUGCACUUACCAUCAUCCAGAGAACAUCCAGCUUCCAGCAGGGUAUCAACCUCCAAAUCUGGCCAUAUCAACUCUUUACUGGAAGGCCUGGCUCCUGCUGCUUGUGGUGGCAGCGUUUAACCCACAGAAAAUUGGUUUGGCAGCGUGGGAUGGUUACCCCACUCUGAAAAUGCUUAUGGAGAUGGUUAUGACGAAUAACUACUCCUACCCUCCGUGCACGGUGGCCGAUGAAGAGACCAAAACUGAGAUGAUCAACCGUGAGCUGCAGAUCUCUCAGAAGGAGAGGCAGGAGAUUCUGGCUUUUGAAAGUCAUCUGGCAGCCGCCUCCACCAAACAGACCAUAACCGAGAACAACAGCCUUCUGCUGUCUCAGCUCACCAGUCUGGACCCAAAGGGUCCCCCACGUCGGCCCCCACCUCUAGUCUUGGAUCAAGUGAAGAGUUUGAAUCAGUCUUUGCGUCUGGGUCAUCUGCUCUGCCGUAGCCGCAGCCCUGACUUCUUGCUCAAUAUCAUUCAGAGACAGGCCUCCUCUCAGUCUAUGCCGUGGCUGGCUGAUCUUGUCCAGUCCAGCGAAGGGUCCUUAGAUGUGCUGCCCGUUCAGUGCCUGUGUGAAUUUCUCCUCCAUGACGCCGCAGAUGAUGCCUCUUCUGCUGAUGAUGAAGAGGAAGGAGAAAGCAAAGAGCAGAGAGCAAAGAAAAGACAGAGGCAGCAAAAACAGAGGCAGCUUCUUGGGCGGCUGCAGGACCUUCUGCUUGGUUCUAAGGCUGAUAAACAGACCACAUGCGAGGUCUUGGACUACUUCCUCCGGCGUCUAAGCUCAUCUCAAGUGGCUUCAAGAGUGUUGGCCAUAAAGGGAUUGUCUCUGGUGCUGACGGAGGGUGGAUUGAAAGAUGGAGAGGACCGGGAUCAUCUCAUGGAGGAGGACUCCAGAGAUGCAGAGUUACUGCCAGGCUACCAGUGGCUCCUUCAGGACCUUCCCAAACUGCCUCUGUUUGACAGUGUUAGAGGCUUAACGGCCAGUGCUUUGCAGCAGGCCAUUCACGUGGAGACAGAUCCUCAAACCAUCAGUGCAUACCUGAUUUAUCUUUCCCAGCAUGCACCAAUAGAAGAGCAGUCCCUCCAUAAUGACCUAGCCUUGGAUGUGGCCCGUCUAAUAGUUGAACGCUCCACUAUAAUGAACUGCUUGUUCUCCAAGCACUCCUGCAGACCUGAGUCUGAUGCUGUUCUCUCCGCUCUGAUCUCCAUCUUCUCCACCUACAUCCGUCGCAUGAGGAAGACAAAAGAGGGAGAGGACCUUUACAGCUGGUCGGAGUCUCAGGAUCAAGUGUUCCUGCGAUGGACCACUGGAGAAACGGCCACCAUGCACAUUCUGGUAGUCCAUGCUAUGGUCAUCCUGCUCACACUUGGACCUCCCAAAGGGGAAAGUGAGUUCUACAUACUCCUGGAUAUCUGGUUUCCUGAUAAAAAGCCUCUACCUACUGCAUUGGUUGACACGUCUGAGGAGGCCCUUCUGUUGCCUGAUUGGCUGAAAUUGAGAAUGAUCCGGUCUGAGGUCUCUCGAUUGGUUGAUGCAGCUCUACAAGAUCUGGAGCCCCAACAGCUACUGUUGUUUGUCCAGUCUUUCGGGAUCCCCGUCUCCAGCAUGAGCAAACUGCUGCAGUAUCUGGACCAGGCCGUGUCACAUGAUCCUCAAACACUGGAGCAGAACAUCAUGGACAAGAACUAUAUGGCUCAUCUAGUGGAGGUUCAGCAUGAGAGAGGAGCCACAGGAGGACACACGUUCCACACUUUGCUCAGCGCUUCACUUCCUCAACGUAGAGACAGCUCAGAGGGGAACAGGGCUAAAGUUACUGUUGAAACACCCCAUGGCUCUGUGAAGAUGAGAGCAGUGAGUCAGGUGCCAGUAAUCGGCCCAGAGGAUGAUCUUGCUGGAGUCCUACUUCAGCUCUUUCCUCUGAAGGUGGACCCCCACUGGCCUCCGCCCCCCGUCCGCCCGCUGUCAUUAGCUCUGCAGCAGACUCUGGCCCAGGAGGUGCUGCGGGCCCGCCAGGGUCACAUCCAGCCGGGUGGAACCGCUGGGAGACUCCUUCAAGCUUUAGCAGCCCUUCUCAACUCUGGCCACGCUGGAGCCCUGGUCAUGGCAAUGCACCACAGCCAUACCAUCUCCUGCCCUCUACUGCGCCAGCUGCAUCUUUACCAGAGGUCGGUUUCUCAGGACGUUGGCUUCUCGUCACUGUUUUUUAAUGCCGUAGUGCAGAUGUUAACGUGGUUGGAGAACUCAGCGGUAGACACGGGCCCUCUCCACAGCCUCCUGAAGUCUCUGGCAGCGCAGUACUCUCACAAACAUCGCAUCACAGAUGUUCGUACAGGAUUUUUGCAUUUGGCUGAAGCGCUAGCUUACAGACGGGACUCUGAAGUGGCAGUGAGGGGCAUUAUUGCUUCUCUGAGAGCUGGAGAAAAGUGCAACGCUGAACCUGAACUCAUCAGAAAAGUGUUGCAGGGCCUCAUGGAGGUAAAGUCUCCAUAUCUGGAGGAGCUGCUGUCUCUGCUUAUGAGCAUCGGGACAGAGACCGGAAGCCCAGGAAACACAGCGGGCCCCGUCGCCAUGGUUAUCUCUCUCCUGCUUCAGGAAACAGAGGAGCGAGGGGUGAAAGUAGAGCUGGAUUCCAAAAUCCCUGAGUCAAAGCAGCCUGGCUCAUGUUCAGGGCUGUUGGUUGACUGGCUGGAGUUGCUUGACCCUGAGGUGACCUCUGUAUGCUCGGAUCUUCAGCAGAAGCUGCUUUUUGCUCAAAACAAGGCUAAAAGCAGUGGUGUGAGUGUGGCUCCUUCAUACAGGCCGUACCUGCUGGCCCUCCUCACGCAUCAGUCCAACUGGAGCACUUUACAUCAGUGCAUCAGCUCUCUGCUCAACAAACACAAAGAUCAGAGACUCGACCCGACCUCAGCUCUGGACUUCCUGUGGGCCUGUAGUCACAUUCCCCGCAUCUGGCAGGGGCGAGAUCAGAAAACCCCUCAGAAGCGCACAGAGCAGUUUGUUUUGAAGCUAAGCUCUGAGGAGCUCAUCAGCCUGGUGGAUCUCAUCCUGUCUGAGUCAGAGCUGAGCUGCCGGGACUCAGGCUCCUCCAAGAGCGCUCUGGACCCUGUCUCCUGCUCUCUUCUCCAGUCCCGACUGCCUCUCCUACACAGCUGUCUGCACUCAGACCUGGACAAUGUCAAGAGGGUCUCCGAAUACCUCAUCAGCUGCGUGAAGAAGUGGGGAGACAGUAUAAUGAGUAAGAAGUGUCAGACGCUGCUGCUUCAGAUCUAUCUGCACUUCCCGGAGGUCAUCCAACACAUCCGCCUACCAGAGGCCACGCUGAGUGGCGAGGGGGCAGCAGACGGCAGCACAUGCAAGUUGGAUGUCCUCGUGCAUCGGCUCAUCACUCUGCUGGCUGACACCGGAGACUCCAAAUCAGCUGAAAACCGUGUGUCUGAUGCCAAUCUGGCCUGCAGGAAACUGGCCGUGUCUCACCCGGUGCUCCUGCUCAGACAUCUGCCCAUGAUCGCCGCUCUCCUGCACGGUCGCAUUCAUCUUAACCUUCAGGAGAUCAGGCAGCAGAAUCACCUGGGCUUCUUCACCGAUGUUCUGGCUGUGCUGGAGCUCCUGCAGCCGCUGGUUUUCAACUCUGACCACCAGAGGGCGCUGCAGGACUGUCUACUCUCCUUCAUCAAAGUACUGCAGAACUUCAAGAGGUCAUCCCGUCUCCCGAUAAUAAAUAAGUUUGUGCAGUUCAUUCAAAAAUACAUUACCCAUGAUGCCGCAUCAGCUGUCCCUUUCCUUCAGAAACACUCAGAUGUGCUUCAGGGUCUGUCCACGGAGAAUCCAGACCUGGUGCAGCUGAAGUCUCUGCUGGCCGGCUUGACUCUGCCAGUGAAGUGUGGCUCCUCCGAGAGCUCGGCUGAGGAUGGAGACGCGGAGGAGUCUUCCUCAGGAUCUCUGCCGCUGGUCAACAUCUCUGCCUCCAUGCCUCUGACCGCUGCAGACAUGACCAAAUGCCUGAAGAAGAUCUCCAGAGGGGAAGCCAUUGAAGAUGUGUUUGAAGGCUUGACUGAAGUGGAUGAGAAAUCCAAACGAAAUCCAGAAAUCAUUCAGUAUUUUGUCAACGAUCUACAGAGAUUGAUGAGCUCUCCAGAAGAGGUUUGCCGCAACAUGGCAUUCAGUUUGGCCCUGCGCUGCAUCCAGAACAGCCCCAGUAUGGCUGCUGAAUUCCUGCCAACCUUCAUGUACUGUCUGGGCAGCGGGAGUUUUGAUGUAGUGCAGACGGCACUGAGAAGCCUGCCCGAAUAUGUGCUGCUCUGUCAAGAACAUGCUGAUAUUCUCCUCCACAAGGCCUUUUUAGUGGGCAUCUACGGUCAGAUCGACACCAGCUCCAUGAUAGCAGAAUCCAUGAAGGUCUUGCGCAUGGAAGCAACCACAUAGUCGCCCUCUUUAAACACUUUUGAGUCCUGCGGAGCUAAUCAUAUCCAGAUCUGUGUUCAAACACCCGGAAUCCAACUUUAUUGAAUUAAUUUUUUAGGAAAAGCGUUUUAGUUUCCCGUGACAUUCUGUCAUAUAGUCUACUGCUUUGAAUAAAACAAUACGUCACACAUUCUU